UGCAGGUGGUCGGGGCGGGAGAUGAACGUCCCAAGAUAUCACCAGUUCGAGUACUGCCAAGAUCACAAGUCCCGCUGUGGUGAGUGGUAUGAAGCGGCCCGCUGAGCUGUACAGCCUCCUGAUGGAAUUCCGGGUGCUGUACCUUGAGCGUCUUCAGCGGAUCGACGAAUCAGAGAGCAACGUGGAACAGAAGCUGCAGAGCAAAGUGGAAGCACUGCAGUCAUUUGUGCAGGAUCUCAGCCAGCAGAACGAGGCGCUGAUUCAGACAGUGUUGGAGGUGGAACAAGAGACGGAGAACCAAUCGAGAAACUCUCAGAAGGCCCUACAGAUGGAUGAGCGCGAGAUCCAGACCCUGCAGGACACCAUCACAGAGCUGCACCACGAGUUAUCCCUGAAGGACCAGGAGAACCUCAGGCAAAUGCAGGAGCUGCACCGGUUUGAGAGCAAGGUCAAGGAGGUGAAUGCAGAUGGGACACACUUGAGCCCAACCCCCACCCAACCCUUUUCUGUGAGAGACAAGCGAUUUCUGUCAGAGCUGGUACAGCGGGAUGGAAUCAUCCAGAAGCUUCGGAAUGACGUCCUCCUCCAGCUCCAGGCCCGGGACUCACAGAGCGCCCAGUUGGACAUCCAGGAGCAGAGGAUAACUCAGCUGCAGACCGAGUUGCAGGAAAGCCAGCUUGAGCAGCAGAGAAGGCAGAGUCGCAUCCAGCAGCUGCAGAGGGACCUUCUAGCCUCAGAAAGGCAGACAGAGGAUCUCCGCGCACAGCUGUCAGAGGUGAAAGGUCAUCUGGUGACGGUCGAGGGAGAGAAUGAUGCCCUGAAGUGCUAUAAACUGGACCUGAGUGUGGAGGUGGAAAGGCUGACGGGAGAGGUAUGCACCCUGCAGGCCACAGCCCAGGGGAAGCACAGUACAGAAGCCAGGCUGACCAAACAGAAGUACCUGGACUUACAGCGGGAACUAGAAGAAGUUCAAGGAAGGCUCUCAGAAUGCCAGGGCAGAGCACAGGAUGCCACUCGCGAGCUUCAGGAGAGGAAUGCGGAGCUGCAAAGGCUGCAGACAGCAUGCGACGAACUGCAGGGUCACGAGAGGCAGUGGGAGAAAGAGAGAACGGCCCUGCGGCACAAGCUCAGCCGCAGCAAAGAAGAGCUCCGCAGCGCCACCCUCAGGCUAGAACAACAGGAAGACAACAUGAGGGCACUAGCAGCCGUGGCAGAGAGCCUCAGAGAGAAGCUACGGCACCAGGAUGACGAUGCUUCUUCUCUCCGCCAGCAGCUGCUCUGCUCCCAAGAUGCAUUGCAGCAAGCGACUACAGAGCUCAGGGCCUACAAGAGAGAGGAGGAAGAGCAGCUGGUUCAGGAAGAGGACGCGACAGCCAGGCUGAAGGGGCAGCUGCGGGAGGCGGUCAGGCAGCAGAGGCACCUGGCGUCCCGUGUGCUGCAGCUCACCGCGGAGGCCCGGGAUCUGUACACCGAAGUCGGCCUGCUGACAGAGAGUCACCGCGCCGCCCUGCAGGAGGUGGCUGACAGGGACGAGGCCGUGGCGAUGCUGACAGCAGAGCUCCGCGCUGCCCAGGAGCGCCUGAGAUCAGUGCAGGAAGAGUAUGAGGUCCAGCAGGGGGCACUAUGUACGGCCAAUGAGGAGUUGCAGCGCUGGCAGGCAGAGGCGCGAGCCCAAGUGGACAAGGCACAGAGCAGACUGCAGCAGUACCUCAGCAGCGCAGAGAUGCUCGGCGCCCACGGGGACCAGGCCCAGAGGCAGGCUGAGGAGGAGCAGGCUUUACAGAAGCACCCCCAGCCGUGCAGUGUGGAGACCGAUCAGCUGCGGGGAGCUCCACAGGAGGCCCAGCCCCCCCCGCCACCACUCACCCAAGCCCUGGACUCCAACGAGCAGAAGUACCGGGUCAGCUUGGGCACGGUCUCCCGGCUGGAGGAGAGGGUGCAGGCCCAGGACAGGGAGCUGCAGGAGGCCAGGAUGCAGCAUAACGUGCAGGUACAGCGCCGGCACUGGAAGGCUUCUCCCCUGUGCUGUGACCUGCAGGGGCGCUCUGCACAGCUGCAAGCCCAGGACGAGUCCCUGGGUGACCUGAGGCAGCAGCUGGAAGAGAGCCUCCAGCACGGCCUGGAGUGUGAGCUGAUCAUCAGGACGCUGCGCAAGCAGGUGGAGGAGCAGGAGGAGGCCGUGCUGAAGAUCCAGGCGGAUUUCUUUCUGUACAAAGCCACACACCUCCUCUCAGAUCCAGACUGCGAGCCUCACCUCUGGCGCAUCCAGGAGCCCCAACAGGAGCUGUCCUGUGCUGUGGAGCAGCUUGCCCAGGACGCACAGGAGCUCGGCCUGUACCAGGCUGACGCGUGCCAGCUGAAGGAGAAAGCCAGCCACUUGACCAAGCACAGGAACCCUGACAUUAAAGAGGCAGUGCGUCUUCAGGAAGCAGUGGGGCAGUUACAGGGGAAGACGGCAGCCGAGCCACAGCGUCGGUGGGGGGAGAAACAGACAUUUUGCCUGCAGGGGGAGCUGCAGGCUACCCAGCAACAGGAGAACAUGGAAGGCCUGCUGAAGGAGGUGGAGGCCCCCCUGGUGGAGUCCAGUGAGGUGAUACGUGAGCAGUCCCUGGAGACAGAGAGACAGGGCCUAGAGGCUGAUCUCCAGAGAGCUAUGAAGGAGAACCAGCAGGGGAAGACAGAGAGUGCCACCCUGAGAGCAGAGCUGCUACGUCUCCAAGAGGAGCUGAAGCUGGAACGUAGCUGCUGCAAGAACCUGGCUGAGACCCCGGCUAGGCAGAAGAAGGAGGCACUACUGGCAGAGAGAGGGCAGCAGGGGGCGCUGGGGGACAAGGAGGCGUGGCCACAGCAAGAAGAGAGGCGGUGUCAGGCAGAGCUGCGCGUGCUACAGGACGAGCUGUGCAAGAUGGAGCACCACGGUCAGGGUGGCAGAAGCCAAGUGGGAACACUGACAGUACAGGUGAGCAAAGGCAGAAUGGCCCAGCUUGACACAGGAGCAGAGCAUCCAGAAAGGGAGCUGACCUGCAAAAGGGGGGGCAUUGGGACCCAGCAGCAGCAGUCUCUGCAGCUGAAAGAGCAAGAGGAGCACAUCCUCAGCAUGUCAGAGCUUGGCAGCGCCACCCUCAGGCUGCAGUGCGUGGCUGAGCUGGAGGCCAAACGGACUGAGAACCGUCAACUUGGCCAAGAGCCCCAGGCUUGGACAUAUGAGGGCAGGCUGACCGAGGUUUGCACCCAGCUAGCGCGCUCCCGGUGCUGGGGGCAGGAGCAGCUGGCAGCGCUGGAGGCCAAGGAGGCAGAGGCGGUGGCACUGAGGGUGGAGGUGACCUCACUCAGGGAGAACUACCGGGCCAAGGUCACGGAGGUGGACACGUCACACUCACAGCUGGACUUAAUGAGGCAGAAAUACCAGGCAGCUGCGAACGAGGUGGAUGUCCUGAGGCGAUUCCUGGGGAACGCUCGGGCCAACAGCAUCCGCCUGCACCAGGAGAGCGAGCUGGUCGUGUCCAGCGUCCAUCAGUGGGUGAAGGAGCAGAAACAAGCCAACGAGAAGCUGAGGACCAAAAUUAAAGAGCAGAGCAGGAAGAUCAGGCAUCUGACCACUGAGAAGGAUUUCCUGCAGGAGCACCGGGAGCAGCUGCUAGAGGAGAUGAGGAUGCUGAAGACCCAGCUGGAUGGCCAGAGGAUGGAUGUAGAGGGGUUGGUGGCCCAUGACCAGCCCGGUGCCCGCAGGGGUGGUAGCGAUGAGCAGGCUUUGCAGGAGAGUACCUGGAAGCGACCGGCCUCGCUAUCCCAGCAUCCUCGGCAGCCCUUGACGCAGAAGAGCUUGGAGCACAGGGCAGGCUGCAGUUUGAUGCGGAGGAUCCCAGCCUGCAAUGCAAAUGAGCUGUUUGCAUUUUCGCCUGUGCAGGGAUAAGCACACUUCCAGCCUGCAGCUUCACGCAGAUGCAGACGCAGCAUCUCUUAGAAUGUCGUCUGGUGGCACCAUGUGCGGGGUGUUUAAGUCCCCCCCCCCCCCGGUGUUUUUGUUUGUGAAUGGAAGUCCAUUCUCAGCUGCAUCCCAGAGCAGGAGCUCAAAGUCCAGCCUUUUUGUUAACAUGCUGUAUAUUACGUGCCCAUGUCGUUAAUAAAGGCACUUAAAAGCCAGCAGAGGACUAUAAAUGCUGUCUGGUAACCUAGGGGACUGUCCUUGUCACCUUUUGUUCACACUUGAGCUAGAUUCUGCCUUGAGUUGCAGUUUUAUUGUACUGAGGAAAGCUUUCAAAUCGCGGGAUUAGAUUCUGUCACCAGAGAGAGAUUUCAGUCGGAUGCUGUGUCCUGAUGCUCUCCCAGACGCUUUGCAAAAUCCAAUCUACAAUGUGAAAGUCAUUCUGUUUUCUAAACGAACAUGUGAAGUGCGGGGAGGCUCUCAGGCCGAUCGCCCAGCGGGAAUGCUGCAUGCAGGCGGGCGAGAGAGGGAGAGCAAGCGAGCGGCCCGUGUUCAGGAUGCAGGUCCAGCUACCGAAAGCAAGCUGGGCUAAUGCUCUAGGACAUCCCGAAAGUGUACAGGAAGCUACAGAGGCUGCAGAAAACACGCCCAAACAAACAACUAAAUUGCGUGGGGAGUCACAUCCAGCCUCCUGUGUGGCUCUUGUUUACUGCUCGGCCCCUGGGGGGUGCUGUCUGCUCGGGAUCUUUCUGCACACUUCCUCAGUGACAGACUCCAUACACUCUAUAUGUGUUUGGGCAGACCGGUGAGUUUCUCCUCAGCUCCUC